GGGGUAUCAGAUGAGUAUCAGAGCUGCUUUUGGAGAGGACACAGCAGCAGGGGGAAGAGAGAGGGCUACUGCAAACUUUCAAGUGGGAGUUCUUUUUUUUUUUUUUCUCAGAUGGGGAUUGCCGUGUGACAUUCUUCCUACCUCUUCUUGCUGUUAUUUUCUCUGUCGUUUUUCCUAGAAGAGCAGAAAUUUGAGGUGGGGGAAGAGUAGCAUAAAAACCUUGCAACCAAGCUGAGUUGGUCCUUGAAAGCCCUUCUUUGGUCAAAGGAAGAAAUCGAAUUCUUCUUACGUCCACUGUCUGCCCAUCUCUGACUCAUCUGAAAUCAACAACAUCACAUUAGCUGAACACCAUGAAUGCCUCCGACGGGCCAGCCGCCAACUACACCCCACUCUGCUACUCCAUCAACAACCCUCCAUUCAUGCUCCCGCCAAGUGGCGCAGUCCGCUUCUCGGCCACCUUCAGCGCCGUGGGCCUAACCUCCAAUCUUGUCGCCUUUAUUGUCCUGGUCAACUCCUUCCGGAAAACGCAAAGCCGCUCACGCUCUUUUUUCCUGAUCUUCCUGGGUGGUCUUGUGGUCACCGACUUCAUGGGUCUCCUGGUCACAGGCUCCAUUGUUGUCUCCUUUUAUGUUACGCACUUUAACUGGCGUGACGUAGACCCUGACUGCCACUUUUGUAACUUCAUGGGUAUGUCCAUGGUGUUCUACGGACUGAGUCCCCUGCUGCUGGGUGCCACCAUGGCCAUUGAACGCUUCAUUGGCAUCAACCAUCCAUUUGCACGCUCCACAAGCAUGCCAAAGAGUCGGACAGUCUCCAUGGUGCUGAUGGUGUGGUUGCUUGCUGGCUGCAUAGCUCUGUUACCUCUAAUGGGUCUUGGGAGCUACCACAUGCAGAUACCUGGUUCCUGGUGUUUUUUCAACAUCAGCUCAGAGGGAAGUGACCUGGUCUUCUCCUUGAUCUUCUCUCUGGUCGGGCUGAUAAGCAUCGCCGUGUCAUUUUUGCUGAACACAGUGAGCGUGGUGACCCUGAUCAGGGUGUGCUGUGGACAGGGCGGGAGCCAGCGGCGCAGAGACCAUGAAGUGGAGAUGAUGGUGCAGCUUAUCCUGAUCAUGCUCAUCGCUUCUAUCAGCUGGUGCCCCCUCCUGAUAUAUGUUCUGAUGAGUGUGGUGACCGCUGCUCCUGUAAGCGCUGAACAGCUUAUGUUCAGCAUACGAAUGGCUACCUGCAAUCAGAUAUUUGACCCUUGGAUAUACAUCAUGUUUCAAGUGUCCCGGCUAAGGGCUGUUCUCAAGAAAGUCAACCCUCGACGCGACUGGGCCCGUGGCUCCAUCAUGACACUGUACCCUUCUUUCAGCGAGACAGUCCGCAGGUUCACGCGAUCUUCAAUUGGGAGCAACCUGGGCUCAGCUGAAAUGGAAGAGACAGAGAAAUCGAAGGCAACACCACCAUCUACAUCAAAACCUCCUCCUUCUCCAUGAUCGGUUGGAUAUGAGCAAGAGUUGCCUCCAACUGACUGAUGCUGUUAGGGGUCACAGAUGUGUUUCACUGUUCCCACUCGCUGAUGUGUUUUCAUGUCGAUUGGGACCAGAGUUGCAGGAUUAAGCCAAUAAUCUGAAUGGUCUGAAGCUUGUUAUGCUAUUGCAUGUUUCUUAAAUGGUUUACAGGAGCAGUAAUGGCAUUUAAAUUUAGAGCAAUUCAUAGCGAUCAAGUCUGUAAUCUCAGCACUGAAAUCAGCUAAGGCACCUUUGAUGUUUUCUACAAGUACUGUUUUUUUGCUCUUUUAAGUGCUUUUAUGAUUUGCGAUUGAGUAUUUAAACAUCACGUUACAGUAGACACGGCCAUUCAUUCAGGUGAUUGUGUCUAUGUGCUUAAAAGUCACAACAUCAAAGUAUUAAGCUUAAUCCUUUUGGAGGAACCUUUGACGGCUCACAAUAACAGUGCAAUCCCAAAAGCAUCGAUCAUUGACAACUGACUUCUGACAUUGUAUGUAAUAUCUGUAGAUAAAACUGUUAUUUAUAGUGACAUGAUAGAUACUUUAAAAACACGCAGUGUAACAGAACUUUUUUUUAUAUGUGUAUAUAUAUAAAGACGCCUAUUUCCACAUCUGAAAAUAAACAAAUGCUAAUGUUACUUUUUGAAUGAAGUGUCCCUGAUUACAACAAUGGAGACAGUUUUUCUUGCUAAACUUCACAAAUGUAAUGUUACAUGUCAUGUUUCCAGUGUAUUUUGUUGUGUGAAAGGUGACAGUAACGACACAAAGAAGCUAAAACCCCAAAACUGCUUUUUAAAAAGCCUGAUGUUUUGUAGAUGGUAUUCACUAACACAGAGUACAGAAAUAAUCUAUCACAUGUUACAAAAGCAAUAUCACCACUUCUGUUAUUACUGGUAUGGCAUGGUCACUCACUAGUGAUUUCAUAUUCAUAUUCUCCUGAAACCAUCACCUCCCACUAUUACUGCCAUUACCCACCACUUCAGAUAGCUUUGAUUUAUUUGUCUGGCUUUUCUUUAGCCAUCUGUUAGAUUAUUACACUGAAUGUAAACUGCAUGUGUGCUGCCCAGUUAAAAGGAAAGCAGGAUGUUUGAAGGAAAGGCUUUAAGGUUAAGUGUGAAAUGCAUGAAAAACAGGCAACUCAGCUGUUGGUUUUCUUAUUUGUUAUUUGCCCCUUAGAGGUUUUAAGUUAAAAGAUAACAUUUGUGUGAUAAAUGGUUAAUGUCAAUAGUAUUUGCAUAAUUUAUACAGUGCCAUGAUAAAUUGAGCUAAACUGUUUUUAACCUUCUAUUUGGGCUAUCAAGAGUGCAAUAUUCACACGGAUCAUACGGAUAAAUGGUUUUCAUACAUUGUAUUUUCACUCGUGUCCUUCAUUGAACAAAUAACUGAAUGAAUCGCAGAUGAUGGCUGAGAUGUGAUUAUCUGAAUUCGUUAGCUGCGUGGUUUGAUGAUAAGGUAGUGUGUAAGUGAUGAAUGUGUUCGAUGGAAAUGACACAUGACUGUACUAAAGAAAUAAAAGAUACAGAAAACUCUU